AUGCCAUUCAACACGCAUGCCACUACCCUCACGAACGUUGCCAACGGUAGCGUUGUUCGUUUUGGAGGCGAAGACUUCGAAGUUGUCGACGUUCCUGGUGAUGGCAACUGCCUCUUUCACAGCCUCCUCGUCCCUGGUGUUCUCCCGACUCCAAGCCAGGUGGACUUGAGACGUCGAGUUAUGGAGAUGACGAUGUCACCUCUAUGGAUUCCGGUGGUGCGUGACGUUUUGACGAUGUUCUACGGGCCCAACUUUGACGUUGACACGUACCGUGCCCGUCUUGGUCGCGUUGGCUCCUGGGUUGGCGACUGCGAAAUGUGCCUCGUGGCUAUCCUCUUUGGCGUCAACAUUACCUCCUUUGCCUGCGUGAAGGAUCCAAACAACGUGAACAAAGCUGUUUCCAUCUUCUCUACUGCAACGACAUUGUCCUCCAUGAACCAUCCGUGGGCUUCGCACGCCUCGACGGAACUCUUCGUUCACUUUCAUCAGUACGGAAGACCCUGCACCAACCAGCUAUGGGUGUCAUUGAAUCAAUUUUGCGUGCUUGUACCCAACUUCGUUCAGUCCGACAAGACCGCCAAGUCCGAGGACCGCCUUGAUGCAUUGAAUCCACCAACAGCCACGCCAAGUUUCCACAACCACCAAGUCCAAGAACCGCCUUGA